AUGUCUACUACCCUCUUCCCCGGUGUUGCUAUAAUCACCGGUGCAUCCUCUGGCAUCGGCAAAGCAACAGCCACAGCAUUCGCCCAAGAAGGCUGUACCCGCAUAAUCCUAGCCGACAUAUCCUCAACCUCUCUAUUCACAACCUCAUCCUCCCUCUCGUCUUCCUUCCCAUCCGUCCAAUUCCACGCCAUCGUCACCGACAUCUCCUCUCCCUCCUCCGUCCGCGAUCUCUUCCGCAAAACACUGGAAACUUUCAAAAGAUUAGACUACGCGGUAAACUGUGCCGGUGUCCUCGGCGCCGCAAAGAAAUCCCACGAAAUGACUUUGGAGGAAUUCGAUCAUGUGGUGAAUGUAGACUAUAGAGGCAGUUGGUUAUGUUCAAGAGAAGAACUGAAAAUAAUGGUGAACCAAGAGCCUUUACCGACACAUGAUGGACGGCAAGGAAAUAGAGGUGUUAUCGUCAAUGUGGCAUCUCAACUGGGUAUUGUGGCUAGACCUCAGGCGCCGGCAUACUGUUCGGCCAAAGCUGCUAUUAUCGGUCUUACCAAAGCAGACGCUUUGGACUACUCCGCUCACAACAUCAGGGUCAACUGUGUAUGCCCCGGUGUCAUCGAAACACCCCUUAUCAACGACGAGGUCAGGAAAGCAAUCUCCAUCGCUCCCAUGAACAGAGCCGGCACACCCGAAGAAAUAGCCGACUGCAUCCUGUUUCUCUGCUCGCCCAAGGCCUCCUUCGUCCAAGGUGCUGCCUUGGUCGCUGAUGGUGGUUACACUAUAAACUGA